GGGAGGCCUUGAUUCCUGCCGGUCUGCCGCCUCCCGACUGCCCAAAACGAUGCCUCCGCCUUCCCGCCUGCUGGUCCUCCUCCGCGGCGCCGCCGUCCACCCGCCGCCGUUCCGCGCCCUUCUGAAGCUCCACGCGCACCUCCUCGUCUCCGGCGUCCUCUCCUCCCACUCCACCUCUCCCUUCAGCGACCGCCUCGUCGCCGCUUUUGCCCUCUCCGACCCGGCCUCCCCACGCCCGCUUCUCCACGCGCUUGCCAUCCUCGCUUCCCUCCCAUCCCCGCCGGACUCUGCAUCCCCCUACAAUGCCGCGUUCCGCGCGCUCUCCCUCUGCCCCCAUCGUCAUCUCGUGGAUCGCCACUGCCUCCCGCUCUACCGCGCCCUCCUCUGCUCCAGUUCCGCGCGCCCUGAUCACCUCACCUUCCCAUUCCUGCUCAAGGCCUGCGCGCGCCUGCAGUACAGGCCGUACGGUGCCGCGGUUCUUGGACAUGUGCAGAAACUGGGGUUCAGCGCUGACGUCUUCGUGGUGAACGCCGGGGUGCAUUUCUGGUCUGUUAGUGGGUCCAUGGUUCUUGCCCGCAGGUUGUUCGAUGAAAGUCCCGCCAGGGACGUGGUCUCGUGGAAUACACUGAUUGGUGGGUACGUGAGGAGUGGCCUCCCGCGGGAGGCGCUAGAGUUAUUUUGGAGGUUGGUGGAAGACGGCAAGGCAGUGAGGCCUGAUGAGGUCACUAUGAUCGGGGCAGUGUCGGGAUGUGCACAGAUGGGGGAUUUGGAGCUCGGGAAGAGGCUGCAUGAGUUUGUGGACAGUAAAGGGGUGAGGUGCACGGUGAGGCUGAUGAAUGCGGUGAUGGAUAUGUAUGUCAAGUGUGGCAGUUUAGAGUUAGCAAAGUCGGUGUUUGAAAGGAUCGACAACAAAACUGUUGUUUCUUGGACAACCAUGAUCGUGGGACAUGCGAGGCUGGGGAUGAUGGAGGAUGCUCGGAUGCUGUUCGAUGAGAUGCCUGAAAGGGAUGUAUUCCCAUGGAAUGCUCUGAUGGCUGGUUAUGUACAGAAUAAGCAGGGCAAGGAGGCUAUUGCGCUGUUCCAUGAGAUGCAGGAAUCAAAGGUGGAUCCUAAUGAGAUCACCAUGGUUAAUCUCCUAUCUGCUUGUUCGCAGCUUGGAGCAUUAGAAAUGGGGAUGUGGGUCCACCAUUACAUUGACAGACAUCAGCUUUAUCUUAGUGUUGCACUUGGCACAUCUCUAGUUGACAUGUAUGCAAAGUGUGGCAACAUCAAGAAGGCGAUCUGUAUUUUCAAAGAAAUCCCAGAUAAAAAUGCACUCACAUGGACAGCAAUGAUAUGUGGUCUUGCAAAUCAUGGACAUGCUGAUGAGGCCAUAGAAUACUUCCAGAGAAUGAUAGAUCUUGGAUUGCAGCCAGAUGAGAUAACAUUUAUAGGGGUUCUGUCAGCUUGUUGCCAUGCUGGUUUGGUUAAAGAAGGUCGUCAAUUUUUCUCCCUAAUGCAUGAGAAAUACCACCUUGAGAGGAAAAUGAAACAUUAUUCAUGUAUGAUAGACUUGCUAGGCAGAGCAGGACAUUUAGAUGAAGCAGAACAGCUUGUAAACACCAUGCCUAUGGAUCCUGAUGCAGUAGUUUGGGGUGCUCUUUUCUUUGCUUGUAGGAUGCAUGGUAACAUCACUCUUGGUGAGAAGGCAGCAAUGAAAUUGGUAGAACUUGACCCAAGUGAUAGUGGAAUCUACGUGUUAUUGGCUAACAUGUAUGCAGAGGCAAAUAUGAGGAAGAAGGCCGACAAAGUGAGGGUUAUGAUGAGGCACUUGGGAGUGGAGAAGGUUCCUGGAUGUAGUUGCAUUGAGCUGAAUGGUGUGGUUCAUGAAUUUAUCGUAAAAGAUAAGUCCCAUUUGGACACUAUUGCAAUUUAUGACUGCUUACAUGGGAUUACAUUACAAAUGAAGCAUACUGCAAACCUGAUUGACAUUUCAGAAACUGGCAUCAUGUCGCAUCUUUAGUCCAGAAACUACAUCUAGUUCUAAAAAAUGGUGCGUUCAGUUGUAUCACAUAGUCACAUGGUGAAUUGUGUCAUCUGCUAGGCAAUAAGCCUCUCACUGCCAUCAAUCAUGUGAUGAAGUUCCUAUCAGUGAUGCUGAAGGGAAUACCAGAAACUAGAAGAACAGUGAUAACAGAGACUAACAACUAUCAAUAUGUCCUUUUCAUAAGGUCUUGAACUUUGUAAGCCUGCCUGAAAAUUUUCUUGUGCUUAUGAUUGAGGAUGUUAGGAUGUACUUUUCACGCUUGCAGGGACAGCCUGUACCCUGUAGUCCCAAAAGCAGUCUCAUUGGUGUUUGCUGCCUGCUGGUAACAUGGAGGGUACAAUAUAUAGGCAAGGAUCAUGUAGGGUUUAUAGAACACACUUAAUCAACGGAGAUCCUUGCCUAAUCUGAGAUCAACUACUAUAAUACCCAAGAGGUAGCCCAGCCACAAGGCGUGGGUGCCAAGGCCCAUGGCCGGCCCUAUAGGCGCUAGUCUAACAUGCCCCUGCAGUCGAAUCGUCAGCCACCCUACAUGUUCAGACUAGACCUGAACUCCGCGAAUGCCGAAGAGGGAAGUCCCUUAGUGAAGAUGUACGCAUAUUGUGAAGAGGUUGGAACAUGCAGGACAUGAAAAUCACCAACUGCAACUCGCUCCCCGACGAAGUGAAGAUCGAUCUCAAUGUGUUUAAUCCGCUGACGCUAAACUGGGUUGGGGGACAUGUAGAUGGCACUGAUGUUGUCAUAGAACACCACUGUGGCGCGCCGUAGAGGGGCGUGCAGCUCUAGGAAGGAGGGGAAGGGCCGAGCACGGCAAAGAAGGGCUCCGACGUACCAUGAAAGUAGAUAUGGGAGUAAGAGAUUGAUUCAUAUGUGUACAGGAGGGUACAACAUAUAAGCAAGGAUCAUGUAGCGUUUGUAGAACACACCCAAUCAACGGAGAUCCUUGCCUAAUCUGAGAUCAACUACUAUAAUACCCAAGAGGUAGCCUAGCCACAAGGCGUGGGCGCCAAGGCCCAUGGCCGGCCCUAUAGGCGCAACACUUCCCUUCCAAGUUAUAGUUCACCUUAACUUUUCUUAAGUUAAACUUAUCUAACUUUAACCAAGUUUAAGAAAAACAAGAUUUUAGUUAAGCCAUGGUUUUUGAGGCAUCGCCUAGGCAUUGAGGCAUACCCUAGGCACCACAAGGUUUUUAUUACGCCAUAUUUCCUAGGCGACACCUAGAAGGCGUCUAGGCAUCCGGGCAUACCCCAAGCGCCACAUGACACCACAAUGCCUCAAAAACCAUGAGUUAAACUAAUUUGAUAUUGUAGAUGUUGAUGCAUUUUUGGCCUUGUUUAGUUCCCAAAAAAAAUUGCAAAAAAAUUAGAUUCCCUGUCACAUCGAAUCUUGCUGCGCAUGCAUGGAACAUUAAAUAUAG